AUGAAAAUGCUUCCAAUUCUCCUUCUUCUCAUCUCCACCCUUGCGGCGGCAGCCAGCCUGCCCACCAGCUUCAAAUGGAGCUCCAGCGGUGUUUUGGUCAGCCCCAAGUCCGACAGCCACAACAUCGCUGGUAUCAAGGAUCCAUCCAUUGUCGAAGUGGACGGCACGUACCACGUCUUCGCCAGCACGGCCAAGGGGUCCGGCUACAACCUCGUCUACUUCAGCUUCACCGACUUCAACCAGGCCAACUCGGCCACUUUCCACUACCUCGACCAGACCCCCAUCGGCUCGGGCUACCGCGCCGCACCGCAGGUCUUCUUCUUCAAGCCCCAUAACCUCUGGUACCUGGUCUACCAGAACGGCAACGCAGCAUACUCCACCAAUCCGAAUAUCGCCAACCCAGCCGGGUGGAGUGCCCCGAAGAAUUUCUUCAGCAGCGUGCCCAGCAUCAUCAGCCAGAACAUGGGCAGUGGCUCAUGGGUCGAUAUGUGGACCAUCUGCGAUUCAAGCAACUGCUACCUUUUCUCAUCAGACGACAACGGCCAUCUGUACCGCUCGCAGACCUCGUUGGCCAACUUCCCCAACGGAAUGGGUAACACGGUGAUCGCGCUCUCCGACUCGAACAAGUACGCCCUGUUCGAGGCAUCGAACGUCUACAACGUCGGAAACGGACAGUAUCUCCUUCUCGUGGAAGCGAUCGGCAGCGACGGACAGCGGUACUUCCGCUCGUGGACCUCCAACAGUCUGACGGGAACGUGGAACGCCCUGGCCAACACGGAGUCGAACCCCUUUGCGCGCUCGACCAACGUUGCGUUUAGCGGGACUGCUUGGACGAAGAGUAUCAGCCACGGGGAGAUGAUCCGCACUCAGACCGACCAGACCAUGACUAUAAGCCCUUGCAAGCUGCGGUAUCUGUAUCAGGGAAUGAGCCCGACGGCAAGUGGAGAUUACAACUCGCUUCCUUGGAGACUUGGUCUCCUCACGCAGACCAACUCUGCUUGCUAA